UGUACAUGCGGUUAAACCCCCGGACUCUCGUUUUCUUCUUCUUCGACCUUUUGCAGCGUCUCUUGGACCGAACUCUGAGAAAUUAACCUUGACUUCUGAAGAUUACUCCAGAAAUGCAAGUAUUAGCUUGUAGUUCUCCUCUGCAAUGGCAGCGUUUCGAUGCUCAGAGACGUUUCAGUCGGAGAGAGAUAUUCAUGGAGGGAGUUUCGUCAUUUUAUUCUCGCUCAGAGAUACAAACUGGUUCCAUCAACAAUGCUUCUUCUCAAUCCGUCUCUAUUCAGAGGCCGGAUGAAGAUAUUUCCAAGAAAUUGGAUGUAGCAAUAUGCAAAAUCAUUCCUUUCACAAAGCGUAGGAUGUUGCUUUGGAGCUCAUUAAUUUACAUGUUUUGUCAUCCUUCAAGGUACUUAUCAGCAUAUGCUUUAGGGGAUCCAUCUGUGACAAUUGAAGAAGUAACUCCGCCUGUUUCCCCAUCUGGGCCUCUCUUCCCAUCUGAGGAAAAAAUUGUUAGACUCUUUGAGAAGAAUACUUACUCUGUUGUCAACAUAUUUGAUGUAACAUUACGGCCUCAACUUAAUGUAACAGGUGUUGUUGAGGUUCCUGAAGGGAAUGGUUCUGGAGUGGUCUGGGAUAGGCAGGGGUACAUUGUGACUAAUUAUCACGUGGUUGGUAAUGCUCUUUCGAGGAAUCCGAAGCCUGGACAAGUUGUUUCUCGGGUUAAUAUCCUCGCAUCUGACGGGGUGCAAAAAAAUUUUGAGGGUAAGUUGAUCGGUGCAGACCGAGCUAAGGAUCUUGCUGUUUUGAAGAUAGAGGCCUCUGAAGAUCUAUUGAGGCCAAUUGAGGUGGGGCAGUCAAAUUCUUUAAGAGUUGGCCAGAAGUGUUUAGCCAUUGGAAAUCCAUUUGGUUUUGACCACACCCUUACUGUUGGGGUUAUUAGUGGAUUGAAUCGAGAAAUUUUUAGUCAAACUGGAGUAACAAUUGAUGGAGGUAUUCAGACAGAUGCAGCCAUAAAUCCUGGAAACAGUGGAGGCCCCCUACUGGACUCAAAGGGGAAUUUGAUUGGGAUUAACACAGCUAUAUUUACUCAGACAGGUACAUCAGCAGGUGUUGGUUUUGCCAUUCCGUCUUCAACGGUACUUAGAAUAGUUCCUCAAUUGAUACAGUUUGGCAAAGUCAUUCGGGCUGGUUUGAAUGUGGAUAUAGCUCCAGAUUUGGUUGCAAAUCAACUAAAUGUUAGAAAUGGAGCUCUUGUUCUACAGGUUCCUGGAAGUAGUCUUGCAGCCAAGGCUGGUUUACUUCCCACCACAAGAGGUUUUGCUGGUAAUAUAGUAGUUGGGGAUAUCAUUGUUGCUAUUGACAACAAACCUGUGAAAAGUAAGGCUGAAUUAUCAAAGGUUUUGGACAACUACAAUGUGGGGGAUAAGGUCCUGCUUAAGAUUCAGAGGGGCAGGGAAAAUUUGGAACUGUCUUUAAAUUUAGAGGAGGAAAAAGGAUCCUAAUCAGAAAGGACACACAGGGAAAAGGCUCCUUAUCUAAGCAGAUAUGUAGCAUCUCAUGCUACGUCAAAACAGAGGAAUCUGCUUCUUUUAAAAAAAAAUUAAAGGGUAUACGUCAUCUUCAGACAUUGUAUACAGGGUGAAAACACCCUUCAGUGAGUUGUCUAUUAAUUAUUUGGAGAUGAUUCAAUGUAAAAGAUAUCUUGCUGUUCAGUUCAUGAAUGUCUCUAGUUUUGUUAUUUGUCUAGAAAGAUCUGUCAACAACUUUAAAUUUUUGCUUAAUUUGGUUCUGUUAAUCCAAUUUUGUGAAGUUAUCUU